UGCCUGGUAGUUUCCUUCUCAGCAUACUUCUACCAAUGUACUCACCAUCCCUUCUCUACUCACUGAUGUUAGGGACAGAGGUGGACCUGCAGCAGGUGGAGAACAGCGUGUUUGCCAUGGAGACGGUGUUAAAGGCGUGGCUUCAGGAGCAGGGAGGAGACAGGGAGCAUCUCCACCUGCUGCUGCCCGGCCCCGCUGAUAAACCAGUUUGUGUGAAGUGUGACAUGAUGGAGCGUCUGAUAAGCCCCGCCCUCAUCCCCAUGACCCCCAGCCUGGGCGUAAAGACCGAGAGCGUUCAAGACUUCCUGCCUGCGGUCAAGGGCCCCGGCAAUCAAAGCCCGAGUCCACAGACGCUGAAAGCUGUCAAGGCGCUGCAUGCAGACGGAGUGUGUGAGAGCGUGCUGUACGGGCUGCCGCUCGUGAUCCAGCCCACCACCUGCUGGCAGCUGGACUGGGACGAGAUGGAGACCAACAACAGCCUGUUUCAUGCUCUCUGCCAGACGCUCCAGACUCAAGACCUGUUCCUGCUGCUGAAGGUGGAACCUGAUAAGAGGUCCAUAGCUGGAGGCUCAGGUGUCUACACCCACUAUAUCCUCCAGCCGUCUCCAUCUCUCUCCCUCCUCCUGAAGCCCGUCGCCUCCAGAGAGCUGCUGCUGCCUUGCUCGUUGCCCGUCUCCAGCCAGGAGGCGUCGCCUAACGCCAUGCAGACCAUACAGAGUUGUCUCUCUCAGCUGGACGAGGAUCUGGUGUUGAACCCUCUCCUCCUGGGAAGUAACCUCUACCAGCACCUCAGGAGCAGAGGGCUGCUCUCACAGCCGCGAUACCCCUACAAGCUACAGUCGACAGCCGCCCACAGAGUGCAGCCUCAGACGACAGAGAGCAGCAGGAACGCAGCCGGCCGACAGCACCGGCAGCCUCAAAACCGCCAGCUUGGAUGCAGCAGCAAGGUCAGGGCCACUGUGGCUCCGCUGCCCUCUUCCUCCUCCUCCUCCUCCUCGCUGGGACCCCCUCCUGCAAAGGCCUCCCGUCCCGCCCUGAACUUCCUCGGCAGCGGCUGCCGACGGGGCCCGGCCCCUCCUGCGCAGGAAGAAGACAAAGAUGACAGUGACUGCGUGAAUUCAAAGUGAGAGCAAUGUUACGGUGAGUGGAAGAAAGGAGUCAGAGAGAUGAGGGGUUUCCCUGCGUUAACACUAAAGCUUAGUCAGCACACAAAGCCCAAAUACACGCGCUCAUUUGGCUAAUUGGUCUCGUUGUUAAACUUGUGAGCAGCCACGUGGCUCAUAAAGCACUUAAAUACAUAGUUAAAGCUAAAAAAGAACAGAUAAAACGCUUUAAUUUGAAGCUUUAGUGCCCUGAGAAUCUAUACCAUUGAAUUCUUUCUCACUUUGUGAAGUUGCAACCACAAACUUCAGAUCAACACGCAGUGGAGCUCAACGGCGAAGUGGAAGGAAAAGGAUAUUGUUGUCAUUUAUUUUUACACAAUGAGUGUCUGAAAAGCACGGUGUGCAUUUGUCUUCACCCACCCC